AUGAAAAGCAAACGAGCUCAGGAAGCCACUACGGCGGCUGAAGAUUUUCUUGCCGUCGAUGACGCCCCAGUCGAAAAGAAGAAGCGCAAGAGAGGCGACGACGAGCCCACAGAGGUGAAGCGGAAGAAGGCCAAGAAGGCCAAGGAGGCCAAGGAGACGAAGGAGAAGAAGAACAAAAAGGACAAAAGUAAAUAUAACAAGGAGACCAGAAAGGAGAAAAAGAACAAGCGAAAGGAUUUGCAGGAUCUGCCCGAGGAGGACAAGGAAGAGGAGAAUGGGCAUGCCGCAGAGGCCGACACGAAAGCACGGCAAGCUCCGGACGUAGGCGACGAGAAGAAGGACGAGAAGAAAGACAAGAAAGACAAGAAAGACAAUAAAGACAAGAAAGACAAGAAAGACAAGAAAGACAAGAAAGACAAGAAAGACAAGAAAGACAAGAAAGACAAGAAAGACAAGAAAGACAAGAAAGACAAGAAAGACAAGAAAGACAAGAAAGACAAGAAAGACAAGAAAGACAAGAAAGACAAGAAAGACAAGAAAGACAAGAAAGACAAGAAAGACAAGAAAGACAAGAAAGACAAGAAAGACAAGAAAGACAAGAAAGACAAGAAAGACAAGAAAGACAAGAAAGACAAGAAAGACAAGAAAGACAAGAAAGACAAGAAAGACAAGAAAGACAAGAAAGACAAGAAAGACAAGAAAGACAAGAAAGACAAGAAAGACAAGAAAGACAAGAAAGACAAGAAAGACAAGAAAGACAAGAAAGACAAGAAAGACAAGAAAGACAAGAAAGACAAGAAAGACAAGAAAGACAAGAAAGACAAGAAAGACAAGAAAGACAAGAAAGACAAGAAAGACAAGAAAGACAAGAAAGACAAGAAAGACAAGAAAGACAAGAAAGACAAGAAAGACAAGAAAGACAAGAAAGACAAGAAAGACAAGAAGGACAAGAAGGACAAGAAGGACGAGAAGGAGAAGAAGGACAAGAAGGACAAGAAGGAGAAGAAGGACAAGAAGGACAAGAAGGACAAGCAAGACGGCAGCGAGCCCCCGAAGCAAGACCAGCACGACGGGGAGAAGCCCGAGGAGACGGCGGCGGCGCAGGGCAGCGGCGCGCAGGACGCCAGACCGUCCCGCUUCAUCGUCUUCGUGGGCAACCUGCCGUUCACGGCGACGGCGUCCAGCAUCGAGGCGCACUUUGCGGCGCUGAAGCCCGUCUCCGUGCGGUGCCUGAAGAACAAGGACGACGACAGACCGUGCCGCGGCAUCGCGUUUGUCGAGUUUGCCGACGCGGGGGCCAUGAGGACGUGCCUGGACAGGUUUCACCACUCCGAGUUUGAGGGGCGCAGGAUCAAUGUCGAGUUGACGGCCGGCGGCGGGGGCAAGACGGCCUUCCGGAGGGACAAGAUUCGCGACAAGAACAAGAAGCUGGAUGAGAAUAGGGGCAAGCGGAUCGAGAAGGAGAGGGCUGCUAAGGAGGAGGGUGGCGGCGCGAGGGACGAGGGACACGGGGGAGGCAUUCACCCCAGUCGUUUGGCCAGGAAUCCGAGACUGGCGGGAUGA